AUGAGAGGGAGGGUGAACCUGUUGCUUCAUAAAGUGAUCGAUAGUUUCAUACUAAGACUUCAAGAGCUUGAGGGAACGAACAUCAUCAUCGCCAUCGUCAUAGCACGCCCACCAUCCAUCCAUCCAUCUUUACAUCUCCAUAUAUCCUAUGGAGAAGAGCUCGAUGAGCAGCGGCAGCAGCAGAGCAACAUGGGUUUGGCCUCAGCGACCAUCAGCAGCUCCGAUCUCAUCGACGCCAAGCUCGGCGCCAGAUCCACGCACUGCCCCGGCUGCGGCCACAAGCUCGUCAAGCCGGUACAUAGCUCGUCAUUUUCUAUUUCAAUUUCCGGACAAGGGGGUAACAGUGUGAAUUUUACAGGGUGA